CUUAAGAUGGCCAUUAAAAUGAGAUCAAACUACAACAACCGACAAGAUGUCGCUACAAGCGCCGACGAACUAACACGCAGUAUCAAAGUGCAGAAACCAGUGAGUGAUACAACAAGCCCCCAGUUGCACACAUCUACAAAUAGGAGGAGUGGCGGUAGAAAAUAUUUUCGUUUCUUCACAUUCAGGAUUAGCAGAACUAGUGUGAUGGCGGUUCUUACGCUUCCAUUUGUGUUGUUCAUGUGUUUGAUCGCGUCACACCAAUUGUCCAAUUAUGUUCCUCCGGUCACUAGUGUCGAUUUCAGUCCCUUCAACUUCAAACGCCGGCGUGAAAUGGACGUACGACCACGAACUGGAUCACGUGACUACCAACAAACCACUCAUUAUCGCCCACAGAGGGUUCAGUGGGGCCGUUCCGGAACACACGGUCGAAGCUUACGAGAUGGCGGUGGAGUACGGCGCUGACGUCAUCGAGUGCGACGCCGCGCUGACGAAAGAUUUGGUGGUUGUGUGUCUGCACGAAUGUUGGAUGAACGAAUCAACCGACGUGGCUUCCAAAUUUGCGCCUGACAGAUCUUCUCAAUACUUCAUUCCUGGCAGCAACAUCACCAUCAGAGAUUAUUUCUCAAUUGAUUUCACGUUGGAAGAAUUGAAAACGCUGGGGAAAGUUGAAAAACGAACGUUUAGAAACCAGGAUUACAAUGGGAAGUUCAAAAUAUCAACGUUGGAGGAGAUGAUUGGUGUUGCCAAGAGUUCCAAACGACCGAUUGGAUUGCAUGUUGAAUUGAAGGAUGCCACCUUCUUCAACACUAACGUUCCGAUGCUAGAGAAAGCUAAGAAAAAAUUCGAAGACAUCGUCAUUGAAAUUUUACACAAGGAAGGAUACAGCAGCAAAAGGAGUCCUUGUUUCGUGCAAUCGUUUUACGAGGAUAGUUUGAUGUACGUCAGCAGCAUAUCCCCACUUCCUCUCGUCUACUUGAUGGACUAUCCAGCUGACACCAGCCAGGAACGUUUGAAAAGCAUAUCAAAGUACGCAUACGGCAUUGGACCCGAUAAAAGACAUUUCGUCCAAGUGGAUGAUGCCAAUAAGACGAUCACCGGCCGUUCCUCCGAUUUGAUCAAGCGCUGCCGGGAUUCGAACCUACGCAUCCACACAUACACCUUCCGGAACGAGUUUAUGUUUCUACCUUGGGACUACCACCAGGAUCCUUGCAAUGAGAUGAUGGACUUUUUCCUGCUUGGAAUCGACGGAUACUUCACGGAUUUUCCGGAGACAGCGUUCAAUUUUUUCAGUUUGAUAUAUCAUUCUCAAAAGAGUGCAGCCUGCAGUUUUGAUUUUAAUCUCGUCAGAUUGAUAAUUUUAUUCAGUUUAAUAGUGUUCAAUUAUUUUUUCUAAUUUUUAAAAUUUCAACGCUUGAUUUUGUACACUUUUAUUAUUUUUCGGUGUUUCAGUUUCAAUAUAAUCGUGAUAGCUUAUUUAAUUCAAAUUUAUCUUCUCCUCUUUUUCGAUGUAUUUCAUUUGGUUCUUUCAACAAUCA